UCAACUUCUCUGUCUAGUGUUUACCUUGAACACCUUUUGCUUAUAAGAUCUUAGGAGACAUUGAAUUCUUGAUGACGUCUUCAGUAUUUACAAUAGCUCAACUUGAUACAAAGUUCCACGCCGAUAGUGUGGAAUGGUGUCGAGAAAAUACAAAGUAUCUUGCCUGUGGGACAUAUCAGCUAAUUGAAGAUAGCCAGUCAGACAGUAGUGAAAAAUCAAGCCAGAAUAAUUCAAGAAUUGGGAGCAUUAUUUUGCUGAAAUAUAAUUUUUUAUUGAAGAAUGUGGUUGAAGUUCAAAAUAUCGCGACUUUCGCCAUUACAGACAUGAAAUGGAAUACCGUCAAUAACUCAACUUUACUCUCUGUUGCCGGUUCAUCUGGCAAAGUUGAGGUCUAUUGUUUAACUGAGAAUAAUGACAAUGCAAAACUGCAAAGUUUAAGCUCAUUUGACAUAUGCUCACCCAAACUGACACUAUCCUUGGACUGGGGUGGUAGUGACAAGAGAUACUUUGCUGUUAGUGAUUCAGGAGGUUGGGUUACAAUUUUAAGCAUUAAAGAUCACAGUGGUGAAAUAGUAAUCAAGCAAAGUUGGAAAGCACACACCUUUGAUGCAUGGGUAGUUGCAUAUGACUAUUGGAAUAAGAACAUUGUUUUUUCUGGUGGUGAUGAUUGUCAUUUAAAGGCUUGGGACAUUAGAACUGAUUGUCUUCGACCAACAUUUGUAAAUAAACAUCACACAAUGGGUGUUUGUGCUAUUCAAAGCAGUCACUUGCAUGAACAUCUCUUUUCUAGUGGUGGCUAUGACGAGUUAGUCCACAUCUGGGAUCAUCGGAUGAUUAAGGAUCCAUUGUCAAGUUGUAAUGUUGGAGGUGGAAUAUGGAGACUUAAGUGGCAUCCACAGAAAGCAAAUUAUCUCUUGGCAGCUUGCUGUCAUUCAGGGUUUCAUGUUUUGUCAAUUAAUGACCAGGAAAAGUUUAACAUGCAAGUGAUUGCUUCAUACAAAGCCCACAAAUCUCUGGCAUAUGGUGCAGACUGGGGCAACACCAUUGCCAACAAUGCUGAUGGUUUGAAUGAUGUCAUUGGUACAUGUUCAUUUUAUGACCAUAGAUUUGAUUUAUGGCAGAUUAACUAUCCUACUUCCUUUUAAGAAAAACGUCAUGGUGAUGUAUUUAUCAUGGCAGAUGAGUUGCUUGUAGAAUAAUACAUGUAAAAUUGUACAAGGAAAUGUAAUUUUUUCAUUUAUUUAUCAUAGAAACAAUUACAUAGGGGGGAGGGGGAUAUUGAUUUUACCAGUGAAUGACAAUAAAUUUUACUUUUCAGCAGUAAA